UAAUGGUUUGAGAAUCUUGUCCUCCUACGCUAUCCAUUACUGUUUCGAGUGAUGCUAUUCGUCUUGCGAGAACUAAACCUCAUUUUUUUCUUGUUUAUUUUCUUCCUGAUAAAAAAAAUUCCUUAAUCACCUCGUAUUUUUUUGCCUAUAAAUGUAAGGUGGUAUGAGUUUAUUAACUUUUUUUAAAAGCUGAGGCAGCUUUAGAAAGCUCGUAGCACAACACAAGGCAAAAACGAUACCGUAAGUAAUAAAUAAUAAUCGGUGUCUUACGUUUUCUUUGUUUCGACAAUGUCAACUUUGUACAACACUCUGAGAAGCACAAGAAACAUAAUUGCUCAUCGCAUACGCGCAUUUGCUUCUCAAACCAAAACCAACGAUACCACAACACAGUUACUAUACCAAUUGAACAAAAAUAUUUCCCAUUUGAUUCGAACUGGUAGAUUAACAGAAGCUAGAGCAUUGUUUGAUUCCAUAAAGCACCGAAACACAGUAACAUGGAAUUCCAUGAUCACUGGAUAUGUUCAACGGAGAGAAAUCGCCAAGGCACGCCAACUGUUCGAUGAAAUGCCUCACAGGGAUGUUGUGUCAUGGAAUCUCAUUAUAUCGGGUUACUUUUCUUGCCGUGGAAGUCGGUUUGUUGAUGAAGGAAGAAAGCUCUUUGAUCAAAUGCCCCAAAGGGACGGUGUAUCUUGGAAUACUGUCAUUAGUGGGUAUGCUAAGAAUGGAAGGAUGGAUCAAGCUCUUAGGGUUUUUGAAUCUAUGCCACAACGGAAUGUUGUUUCGUGUAAUGCUUUGAUAACUGGGUUUUUGUUGAAUGGUGAUGUGAAUUCGGCUGUUGGGUUUUUUAGGACUAUGCCGGAGCGUGACUCGGCUUCUCUUACUGGCCUUAUAUCUGGACUUGUGAGGAAUGGUGAGUUGGAUAUGGCUGCUAGGAUUUUGAUUGAGUAUGGGAAUGAGGGUGAUGAGAAGGAUGAUUUGGUUUAUGCUUAUAAUAUCCUAAUUGCAGGGUAUGGGCAGAGAGGAAUGGUUGAAGAGGCGCGGCGUCUUUUUGAUGGGGUUAUGAGUGAUCAAGGUGAUGGAAAUGAGGGUCAAGGGAGACUCAGGAGGAAUGUGGUAUCUUGGAAUUCGAUGAUGAUGUGUUAUGUGAAAGCAGGAGAUGUUGUCUCUGCUAGAGAACUCUUCGAUAGGAUGAUGGAGCGGGAUACUUGUUCCUGGAACACCAUGAUCAGUGGCUAUGUUCAAAUAUGUGAUAUGGAAGAGGCUUCAAAGCUUUUUUCCAAAAUGCCAAGUCCUGAUGAACUUUCAUGGAAUUCAAUAAUAUCUGGGUUUGCGCAGAUUGGUGAUUUGAAACAUACGAAAGAGUUCUUUGAGAGGAUGCCCCGCAAGAACCUGAUCUCGUGGAACUCGAUAAUAGCUGGCUACGAGAAAAAUGAAGACUAUAAAGGUGCUAUUGAGUUAUUUUCGCAGAUGCAGCUUGAGGGAGAGAGGCCAGAUAGGCACACUUUUUCUUCAAUUCUCAGCGUGUGCACCGGGUUGGUGGGUCUUUACCUCGGUAAGCAGAUACAUCAGUUUAUUACAAAGACUGUUAUUCCUGAUUUGCCAAUAAAUAAUUCCCUCAUUACCAUGUACUCGAGAUGUGGGGAAAUUGGUGAUGCACGUGGUGUGUUUAAUGAGAUGAAACUUUAUAAAGAUGUUAUAACUUGGAAUGCAAUGAUUGGUGGUUAUGCAUUUCACGGCUUUGCUGCACAGGCUCUAGAACUUUUCAAACUGAUGAAGAGGCUUAAAAUUCAACCUACAUAUAUAACCUUUAUUUCGGUUUUGAAUGCCUGUGCGCAUGCAGGAUUAGUCGAAGAAGGGAAGCAACAAUUCAAUUCCAUGAUUAAUGACUAUGGUAUUGAACCACGAGUUGAACACUUUGCCUCCCUUGUUGACAUCUUGGGACGGCAGGGACAGCUUCAAGAGGCUAUGGAUUUGAUUGAUAACAUGCCAGUUAAACCAGAUAAGGCUGUGUGGGGUGCUCUAUUAGGGGCUUGUAGAGUGCAUAAUAAUGUAGAAUUGGCCCAAGUAGCAGCCAAAGCUUUGAUCAGUCUUGAGCCAGAAAGUUCAGCUCCUUAUGCGUUGUUAUUUAAUAUAUAUGCUGAUUUAGGACUGUGGGAUGAUGCCGAGAGGGUGAGAGUGUUGAUGGAAGAAAAUAAUGUCAAGAAGCAAAAAGGGUAUAGUUGGCUAGAUUCUACCAAUCGUCAAUGAUAAAUUUUUCCAUUUAAAAAAAUACUUCAAUCAGCAAUGUACAUCAAAUCAUGCCAUUGUUAGAGAUGCUCCCGUUCAGCCUAAGUUCAUAUUGUCAGAUAGAAAAAUUGAUCUUGUCAUCUGAUUAAGUAGAUAAUGACAUAAAUGUUAAUUUGACAUGAAAGAAUAGUACAUCUUCUGGCAAAAAUGUGGAGAUCUAUUUGCUGGUGUCAGCAGCAAGGGACUGCAACCUUCGAUGGCUGCAGGAUUGAAGAAAACUUCUUUAAUCGCACUGCCUGUGAGAAAGAAUGGAAUACAGCAGAGGGAAACUUUGAGCAGAUUUUUGUUUUAAUGGCUAAUUUAGUUCUGUUAAUGUAACAUAUGAGAAAACUGAUUGUAAAUGGGGCCAUUUAAAUGAAUCCACGAGCUGUACCACCAUCCAAUGCAGUAGUAGGGAAUGAAAAUACUGAUACUGAAAGUGCUCGAUGCAGAAGUGAAGUCUUUACAAGCUCAUUGGUUAUGUAAAAGGUAAAAAUGUUAGAACUAAAUUUCUGUCAGUGCCUGACUCACUCUACCAGAUGCAAUGGUGAAAAGGACAAGGAAAGGAAUGGUCUGCUGCAUCAAGUGGUGCAAAUGUGGACAAUCUUGUAUCAUUUGCCCCUAUUCAUUAGUAUCUACCUUUUUUAGAAAAUGCAUUCAAACAAAAGGAAAAGAAGAGUGCUCCACAAGCUUCUGAUGAACAGGCAGAUAGCACUUCGAACAAGGGGAAAGGACAAUGUUCUCAAAAUUAUUUGACCUCCUCCUGGGUUUCAAGAAGAGAUACAAAGUUAGGAUUUCCUGAUCAUUGUCUCCAUGCACGACAGUCGAUGUUACGUAUGUUAUGUUCUGCUCUCUUGAAUUAUUAUAUGGUUGUUCUUGCAAAGAAAAGGAAAGUAAACUGUCGGAGCAAAUCAGGGUAAUACUGGUCGUGGGCUUAUGGGGUGGUGCAAAUUCCAUUGAUGAUGGAAGUGGAGAAUUACAAUUGGGAGCUUGCUUGGUUUCCAGAUAAGUCAAGCAAGUGAGUAUGGAUUGUAGCAAUGACAUGACAGAAGUGAAGAUAGAAUGGAGUGCAAAAUUUGAGAUGCUUGUGUGUUUAAUACUUUUAGGUUCUAUUUUUCAAAAAACAAAAAAUUGGGUUCUGGUACGUGUAUUUAGGUUAUUUAUUGGUUUUAGUUAAAAAUUUAAACUCGCACUACAGCAGAAUGAUGUAUUUAUGACCGUGACAAAGUGGUAAUCAGAUGAUGAGCUAGCUAUUGUGAUUUGUGAUGAAUGAUUUUGGCAUGCUAGCUUUUGGUUCUUUCCACCUUACAGAAUCUAAUUUUGGCUGAGGUUCUUUGAAUGGGAAAUCAAUCUUUAUAAUGAUAUGUUGGACCUGAUAAAUCCAGUUUCUCUCUCGACGGAGGAGGAUAGUUGGGGAUGGAGGCCGGAAGGGGGUGCUGUCUUUACGGUAAAUUCAACAUACAGGACUGUUUACGCGCUGUCUGCUUCGGAUAUUCUAGUUGUGCCGUUACACGCGGUGAUUUUUACUUCAAUCUGGAAAUGCCCAGCUCCAUCAAAGGUUAGUGGUUUUGUUUGGCAACUACCACACGGCAGAAUUCCGACCCGUAGCAACCUGCUUUCGAGACAUGUUAUUGAUAGUGACGGUGAUAGUUCUUGUGUUUUAUGUGGGGAAGAAUUGGAGACAGAACUGCAUUUAUUCAUUUACUGCGAAAUUGCUAUGCUGGUCUGGUUGGAAGUUUUCGCCUGGUUGCAGAUUCCUCUUGUGCUACCUCACAAUCUGUUCUCUAUUUUCAAUUGUUUGCUCGAUGUGGGGAAUCGUAAGGUUAGAAAGGGGAUGAUUAUGAUCUGCUGUGCGGUGGUUUGGAUCCUUUGGAGAUGCCGCAACUCUAUUCUAUUUGACAAUGAUAGGAGUGCGGUCGAUGAGCUUGUCGAGGCGGUAAAGGUUACUUCGUGGAAGUGGUGGAUUGGCGAACCGUCUCCCUCUACUUGCCUCUUUUAUGAAUGGCGGUCCGAACCGCGUUUAUGUCUUCUGCGCUGAUUCAGGCCAAUGGUUGGCGUUUUUCAGUUCUUGUAGCUUCAGCCUGGCUUUUGUUUUUUCUGGCUUACUGUGAUGUUUAGUUUUACGUUUUUUCCUUGCUGGUUGAGGGCCUGGUUUGUUGCUGGUUUCCUCUUUUUAUUUCUGUUUUGUACUCUCUAUUUGGGUGUUGAUUUAGCAUGCGCUAUGCUGGAUUUUAUACCCUUUUUUUUUUCAAUAAAAUUUAGCAGCUUUCAAAAAAAA